AUGUUUGGGUCUCUCUUCUCGCCGCAGGAGGAUGAAGUGGUACUCCAGUGCAUCGCCACCAUUCACAAGGAGCAGAGGAAGUUUUGCCUGGCAGCCGAGGGACUUGGGAAUCGCCUGUGCUUCUUGGAACCCACUUCAGAAGCCAAGUACAUUCCUCCAGAUCUCUGCGUCUGCAAUUUUGUGCUGGAACAGUCCCUAUCUGUCAGAGCCCUGCAGGAAAUGCUUGCCAACACAGGUGAAAAUGGCGGCGAAGGGGCAGCACAAGGAGGUGGCCACAGGACCCUGUUAUAUGGCCAUGCAAUUCUCCUGAGGCACUCUUUCAGCGGAAUGUAUCUAACAUGCUUGACUACAUCAAGAUCCCAGACAGACAAACUUGCCUUUGAUGUAGGUCUACGGGAACAUGCCACAGGAGAAGCCUGUUGGUGGACUAUACAUCCUGCUUCCAAACAGAGGUCCGAAGGAGAGAAAGUUAGAAUUGGCGAUGACCUCAUCCUCGUCAGCGUGUCCUCUGAAAGAUACCUUCAUCUCUCAGUAUCAAAUGGUAACAUACAAGUGGAUGCCUCCUUUAUGCAGACACUCUGGAAUGUACAUCCUACGUGCUCAGGAAGUAGCAUCGAAGAAGGAUACCUACUUGGUGGGCAUGUAGUGCGUCUUUUCCAUGGUCAUGAUGAGUGUCUGACGAUACCAUCUACAGACCAGAAUGAUUCCCAGCACAGGAGGAUAUUCUACGAAGCUGGGGGAGCUGGGACUCGAGCCAGGUCCCUGUGGAGAGUGGAACCACUUCGGAUAAGUUGGAGUGGCAGUAACAUCAGAUGGGGCCAGGCUUUUCGACUCCGGCAUCUCACCACAGGCCACUACCUGGCCUUGACAGAAGACCAAGGCCUUAUACUACAAGACCGGGCAAAGGCAGACACCAAGUCCACAGCUUUCUCUUUCCGGGCAUCAAAGGAACUCAAGGACAAAUUAGAUUCCAGUCACAAGCGAGAGAUAGAAGGCAUGGGAGUUCCGGAAAUCAAGUAUGGAGAUUCUGUCUGCUUUGUACAGCAUAUAGCCAGUGGUCUGUGGGUGACCUACAAAGCACAAGAUGCCAAAACUUCCCGCCUGGGACCUCUGAAAAGAAAGGUCAUACUCCAUCAGGAAGGCCACAUGGAUGAUGGAUUAACACUGCAGAGAUGCCAGCGUGAGGAGUCCCAGGCUGCUCGGAUCAUCCGGAACACUACAGCCUUAUUCAGCCAGUUUGUCAGCGGAAACAAUCGCACAGCUGCCCCCAUCACCCUGCCUAUAGAAGAAGUCCUGCAGACCCUACAGGACUUGAUCGCCUACUUCCAGCCCCCGGAGGAGGGGAUGCGACAUGAAGACAAGCAGAACAAGCUCCGCUCACUCAAAAACAGACAAAAUCUUUUCAAGGAAGAGGGAAUGUUGGCUCUUGUCUUAAAUUGCAUUGACCGCUUAAAUAUCUACAAUAGCGUAGCACACUUUGCAGGGAUUGCAAGAGAAGAGAGUGGCAUGGCCUGGAAAGAAAUUCUGAACCUCCUCUACAAAUUGCUGGCUGCUCUCAUUCGUGGAAACAGAAACAAUUGCGCUCAAUUCUCCAAUAACCUUGAUUGGCUCAUCAGUAAAUUGGACAGACUAGAAUCUUCCUCAGGUGAGAUAUUCCAUUGUGUUUUGAUUAACAGUCCUGAAAGCAUCCAUAUAGGCCACCUAAAUAGCCUUAUUUCGCUUUGCCAUGAUAGGAACAAAAAGGUUCUGGAUAUCCUGUGCUCCCUCUGUCUCUGCAAUGGGGUUGCAGUGAGAGCCAACCAGAAUCUGAUCUGUGACAACCUGCUGCCCCGGAGAAACCUGCUCUUGCAGACACGACUGAUUAACGAUGUAACCAGUAUCCGGCCAAACAUCUUCCUGGGAGUCGCGGAGGGCUCAGCCCAGUACAAGAAGUGGUACUUCGAGCUGAUUAUCGACCAGGUGGACCCCUUCCUAACAGCAGAGCCCACACAUCUGCGGGUGGGCUGGGCCUCUUCCUCAGGCUAUGCUCCAUACCCAGGCGGUGGAGAAGGAUGGGGAGGCAAUGGUGUUGGCGAUGACCUGUACUCCUAUGGCUUUGAUGGACUUCACCUUUGGUCAGGCCGGAUACCCAGAGCUGUGGCUUCCAUCAACCAGCACCUCCUGAGAUCAGAUGAUGUGGUAAGCUGCUGCCUGGACCUCGGGGUGCCCAGCAUUUCAUUCCGCAUCAAUGGACAACCUGUGCAGGGGAUGUUUGAGAACUUCAACACAGACGGGCUCUUCUUCCCUGUGAUGAGCUUUUCAGCAGGUGUCAAAGUACGUUUCCUGAUGGGUGGACGUCAUGGAGAGUUUAAGUUCCUGCCACCCUCUGGCUAUGCCCCUUGCUAUGAAGCCUUACUUCCAAAAGAGAAGAUGAGAUUGGAACCUGUCAAAGAAUAUAAACGUGAUGCUGAUGGCGUUAGAGAUCUCUUGGGUACCACCCAGUUCCUAUCCCAAGCCUCUUUCAUCCCAUGCCCCAUAGACACCAGUCAGGUUGUUUUGCCACCUCACCUCGAAAAGAUCCGAGACAGACUAGCUGAAAACAUCCACGAGCUUUGGGGAAUGAAUAAAAUAGAGCUUGGCUGGACUUUCGGCAAGAUACGAGAUGACAAUAAAAGACAGCACCCUUGCCUUGUGGAGUUUUCAAAGCUCCCCGAAACUGAGAAGAAUUAUAACCUGCAAAUGUCAACUGAAACCUUGAAAACCCUCCUGGCCCUGGGGUGCCAUAUUGCUCAUGUUAACCCAGCUGCUGAGGAGGAUCUCAAGAAGGUCAAACUGCCCAAAAACUAUAUGAUGUCCAAUGGCUAUAAGCCAGCCCCUUUGGAUUUGUCUGAUGUGAAGCUGUUACCUCCUCAAGAAAUUUUAGUGGAUAAACUUGCAGAAAAUGCACACAAUGUUUGGGCAAAAGACAGAAUAAAACAAGGAUGGACCUAUGGCAUCCAACAGGAUUUGAAGAACAAAAGAAAUCCCCGUCUGGUGCCAUAUGCAUUACUGGACGAGCGUACCAAGAAGUCAAACAGGGACAGCCUGCGGGAAGCUGUGCGCACUUUUGUUGGUUACGGAUAUAACAUUGAGCCAUCAGACCAAGAACUAGCUGACUCGGCUGUGGAGAAAGUCAGCAUAGACAAGAUCCGAUUUUUCCGGGUAGAGCGAUCUUAUGCAGUGAGAUCUGGAAAGUGGUAUUUUGAGUUUGAGGUGGUGACUGGAGGAGACAUGCGAGUUGGCUGGGCCAGGCCAGGCUGUCGGCCUGAUGUGGAACUGGGGGCCGAUGACCAAGCCUUUGUGUUUGAAGGCAGCAGGGGCCAGCGUUGGCAUCAAGGAAGUGGGUAUUUUGGGCGUACGUGGCAGCCAGGAGAUGUGGUCGGAUGUAUGAUUAACCUGGAUGAUGCUUCAAUGAUCUUCACGCUGAAUGGGGAGCUGCUGAUCACCAACAAAGGCUCUGAACUUGCCUUCGCUGACUACGAGAUUGAGAAUGGCUUUGUGCCCAUCUGCUGUCUGGGGCUGUCUCAGAUUGGCCGCAUGAAUCUCGGGACAGAUGCCAGUACCUUCAAGUUUUAUACCAUGUGCGGUCUGCAAGAGGGCUUUGAGCCUUUUGCUGUCAACAUGAACAGAGAUGUUGCUAUGUGGUUCAGCAAGCGCCUCCCGACGUUUGUCAACGUGCCAAAGGACCAUCCACACAUAGAGGUCAUGAGGAUUGAUGGCACCAUGGACAGCCCUCCGUGUCUCAAGGUGACCCAUAAGACAUUUGGCACACAGCAUAGCAAUGCCGACAUGAUCUACUGCCGCUUGAGCAUGCCUGUCGAGUGCCACUCUUCCUUCAGCCACAGCCCCUGUCUGGACAGUGAAGCUUUCCAGAAAAGGAAACAGAUGCAAGAAAUACUCUCUCAUACAACAACACAGUGCUACUAUGCCAUCCGCAUCUUUGCUGGACAAGAUCCAUCCUGCGUCUGGGUCGGAUGGGUGACUCCAGACUAUCACUUGUACAGUGAAAAGUUUGACCUGAAUAAAAACUGCACAGUGACUGUCACCCUAGGGGAUGAAAGAGGCCGGGUACACGAAAGUGUGAAACGCAGCAACUGCUACAUGGUCUGGGGCGGGGACAUAGUGGCCAGUUCCCAGAGAUCGAAUCGGAGCAACGUGGACCUGGAGAUUGGCUGUCUUGUGGAUCUGGCAAUGGGCAUGUUGUCCUUCUCAGCCAACGGAAAAGAACUGGGCACCUGCUACCAGGUGGAGCCCAACACCAAAGUGUUCCCAGCAGUCUUCCUGCAGCCUACAAGUACUUCCUUGUUUCAGUUCGAACUUGGAAAGCUGAAGAACGCAAUGCCCCUGUCAGCAGCCAUAUUCAAGAGUGAAGAGAAGAACCCAGUCCCACAGUGUCCACCUCGGCUGGACGUCCAAACCAUCCAGCCCGUGCUCUGGAGCCGCAUGCCCAACAGCUUCCUGAAGGUGGAGAGCGAGCGUGUGAGCGAGCGCCACGGCUGGGUGGUGCAGUGCCUGGAGCCCCUGCAGAUGAUGGCGCUCCACAUCCCCGAGGAGAACAGGUGUGUGGAUAUCCUGGAGCUCUGUGAGCAGGAGGACCUGAUGCGGUUCCAUUACCACACGCUGAGGCUCUACAGCGCAGUGUGCGCCCUGGGAAACAGCCGUGUGGCCUACGCCUUGUGCAGCCACGUGGACCUCUCCCAGCUCUUCUAUGCCAUUGACAACAAGUACCUCCCCGGUCUCCUUCGAGCUGGCUUCUAUGACCUGCUCAUCAGCAUCCACCUGGCCAAUGCCAAGGAGAGGAAGCUGAUGAUGAAGAACGAGUAUAUCAUCCCCAUUACCAGCACCACCAGGAAUAUCCGCCUCUUCCCGGACGAGUCCAAGAGGCAUGGACUGCCUGGGGUGGGCCUGAGAACAUGUCUCAAGCCCGGGUUCAGGUUCUCCACCCCUUGCUUUGUCGCAACUGGUGAGGAGCACCAAAAACAGAGCCCUGAGAUUCCCUUGGAGAGUCUCAGGACGAAGGCUCUGAGUAUGCUGACAGAGGCGGUGCAGUGCAGCGGGGCCCACAUCCGAGACCCCGUAGGGGGGUCUGUGGAGUUCCAGUUUGUGCCUGUGCUGAAACUCAUUGGAACCCUGCUGGUCAUGGGCGUGUUUGAUGAUGACGAUGUUCGGCAGAUCCUCCUCCUGAUUGAUCCCUCUGUGUUUGGGGAGCAUAGCGCAGACACAGAGGAGGGAACAGAAAAGGAGGAAGUGACCCAGGUGGAGGAGAAGGCUGUGGAGGCUGGGGAGAAGGCCGGCAAGGAGGCUCCUGUCAAAGGCUUGUUGCAGACUCGAUUACCCGAGUCCGUCAAGCUGCAGAUGUGUGAGCUCCUCAGCUAUCUCUGCGACUGUGAGCUGCAGCACCGAGUGGAGGCCAUUGUGGCAUUUGGUGACAUUUAUGUCUCCAAGCUGCAGGCAAAUCAGAAGUUCCGCUACAAUGAGCUCAUGCAGGCCCUGAACAUGUCUGCGGCCCUGACUGCCCGGAAGACCAAGGAGUUCCGCUCACCCCCACAGGAGCAGAUCAACAUGCUUCUUAACUUUCAACUGGGAGAGAACUGCCCCUGCCCAGAGGAGAUUCGGGAGGAGCUGUAUGAUUUCCAUGAGGACCUUCUCCUUCACUGUGGGGUUCCUUUGGAAGAAGAGGAAGAGGAGGAGGAGGACACCUCCUGGACGGGAAAACUCCGUGCCUUGGUUUACAAAAUCAAAGGCCCACCCAAGCCAGAGAAGGAACAGCCAACGGAGGAGGAGGAGAGAUGCCCCACCACAUUGAAGGAGCUCAUCUCACAGACAAUGAUCUGCUGGGCCCAGGAGGACCAGAUCCAGGAUGCAGAGCUGGUCCGAAUGAUGUUCAACCUCCUCCGGAGGCAGUAUGACAGCAUCGGGGAGCUGCUGCAGGCGCUGCGGAAGACCUACACCAUCAGCCAUGCCUCUGUAAGCGACACCAUCAACCUGCUGGCUGCCCUGGGCCAGAUCCGCUCCCUCCUCAGUGUCAGGAUGGGCAAGGAAGAGGAGUUGCUCAUGAUCAACGGGCUGGGAGAAAUAAUGAACAACAAGGUGUUUUACCAGCAUCCCAACCUCAUGAGAGUCCUGGGCAUGCACGAGACGGUGAUGGAGGUGAUGGUGAACGUGUUGAGUACAGAGAAAUCUCAGAUUGCAUUUCCAAAGAUGGUUGCUAGCUGCUGCCGUUUCCUUUGCUAUUUCUGUCGAAUUAGCCGGCAAAAUCAGAAGGCCAUGUUUGAGCAUCUGAGUUAUCUUCUGGAGAAUAGCAGCGUUGGCCUAGCCUCCCCGUCGAUGAGGGGAUCCACCCCGCUGGAUGUGGCAGCGUCCUCUGUGAUGGACAACAACGAGUUAGCGCUGGGCUUGGAGGAACCAGACCUGGAGAAGGUGGUGACCUACUUGGCAGGCUGUGGCCUACAGAGCUGCCCCAUGCUUCUGGCCAAAGGAUACCCUGACGUCGGCUGGAACCCCAUCGAAGGGGAACGCUACCUGUCCUUCCUGAGGUUUGCCGUCUUCGUGAACAGUGAGAGUGUGGAAGAAAAUGCCAGCGUUGUGGUCAAGCUGCUCAUCAGACGCCCAGAGUGCUUUGGCCCGGCCCUGCGGGGUGAGGGGGGAAACGGACUGUUGGCGGCCAUGCAGGGAGCCAUUAAGAUCUCUGAGAACCCCGCGCUUGACCUCCCCUCUCAAGGAUACAAAAGAGAAGUCACGGAGGCCGAUGAAGAGGAAGAAGAAAUCGUGCAUAUGGGCAAUGCAAUUAUGUCAUUUUAUUCGGCCCUUAUAGAUCUACUGGGCCGCUGUGCUCCUGAAAUGCACCUCAUCCAGACGGGAAAGGGGGAGGCCAUCCGCAUCAGGUCCAUACUGCGCUCUCUGGUCCCCACAGAAGACCUGGUUGGGAUCAUCAGCAUCCCCUUGAAACUGCCCUCCCUUAACAAAGAUGGGUCGGUCAGUGAGCCGGAUAUGGCGGCCAACUUCUGCCCUGACCACAAGGCACCCAUGGUGCUGUUCUUGGACCGCGUCUAUGGCAUUAAGGAUCAAACUUUUCUGCUCCACUUGCUGGAGGUUGGAUUUUUACCUGACCUGAGAGCUUCUGCCUCUCUAGAUACAGUUUCCCUGAGCACCACAGAGGCUGCGCUUGCACUAAAUAGGUAUAUAUGUUCUGCUGUGCUCCCGCUCCUCACAAGAUGUGCUCCUCUCUUUGCCGGAACAGACCACUGCACCUCUCUGAUUGAUUCCACACUGCAGACGAUAUACAGGCUUUCCAAGGGACGUUCCCUCACCAAAGCACAAAGGGACACUAUAGAAGAAUGUCUGCUUGCCAUUUGCAAUCACUUGAGGCCUUCCAUGUUACAGCAGCUCCUGCGACGCCUCGUUUUUGAUGUGCCCCAACUCAAUGAAUACUGCAAAAUGCCUCUCAAGCUUCUGACGAAUCACUAUGAACAGUGCUGGAAAUAUUACUGCCUGCCUUCAGGAUGGGGGAGCUAUGGGCUAGCUGUGGAAGAAGAGCUGCACCUAACGGAGAAGCUUUUCUGGGGGAUUUUUGACUCUCUCUCCCAUAAGAAAUAUGACCCAGAUCUUUUCCGAAUGGCCCUGCCUUGUCUCAGUGCUAUAGCUGGGGCCUUGCCACCGGAUUAUUUAGAUACCAGAAUCACAGCCACAUUGGAGAAACAGAUCUCAGUGGAUGCAGAUGGCAACUUUGAUCCCAAACCUAUCAACACUGUGAAUUUUUCCUUGCCUGAAAAAUUGGAAUACAUCGUCACCAAGUAUGCUGAGCAUUCACAUGAUAAAUGGGCCUGCGACAAGAGUCAGAGCGGAUGGAAAUAUGGGAUUUCCCUGGAUGAAAAUGUGAAGACUCACCCACUGAUAAGGCCUUUCAAGACAUUAACGGAGAAGGAGAAGGAAAUUUAUCGCUGGCCUGCCCGAGAGUCCCUGAAAACCAUGCUAGCUGUGGGCUGGACUGUGGAGAGGACCAAAGAGGGAGAAGCGUUGGUUCAACAGCGGGAAAAUGAGAAGCUUCGAAGCGUGUCCCAGGCCAACCAGGGCAACAGCUACAGCCCUGCUCCCCUCGACCUCUCAAACGUUGUACUCUCCAGAGAGCUCCAGGGAAUGGUGGAGGUCGUGGCUGAGAACUAUCACAAUAUCUGGGCCAAGAAGAAGAAGCUGGAGCUGGAGAGCAAAGGUGGUGGCAGUCACCCUCUUCUGGUACCAUAUGACACCUUGACUGCCAAAGAAAAGUUCAAGGACCGGGAGAAGGCACAGGACCUGUUUAAGUUCCUCCAAGUGAAUGGCGUCAUAGUUUCCAGGGGUAUGAAGGAUAUGGAGCUGGAUGCCUCCUCCAUGGAAAAGAGGUUUGCCUAUAAGUUCUUGAAGAAGAUCCUGAAAUAUGUUGAUUCGGCACAAGAAUUUAUUGCCCAUUUAGAAGCCAUUGUCAGCAGUGGGAAAACUGAAAAGUCUCCUCAUGACCAGGAGAUCAAAUUCUUUGCCAAAGUUCUCCUCCCGCUGGUUGACCAGUACUUCACCAAUCAUCGCCUCUACUUCUUGUCAUCCCCUCUGAAGCCCCUUAGCAGCAGCGGAUACGCCUCUCAUAAGGAGAAAGAAAUGGUGGCCAGCCUGUUCUGCAAACUUGCUGCCCUUGUUAGACACAGAAUUUCCCUCUUUGGUAGUGAUUCUACUACAAUGGUGAGCUGUCUUCACAUCUUAGCUCAGACACUUGACACAAGGACUGUCAUGAAGUCAGGCUCAGAGCUGGUGAAGGCUGGGUUACGAGCAUUCUUUGAAAAUGCUGCAGAAGACUUGGAGAAGACUUCAGAAAACCUGAAACUUGGGAAGUUCACCCACUCCCGAACGCAGAUUAAAGGCGUUUCUCAGAAUAUUAACUAUACUACAGUGGCCCUGCUCCCCAUCCUGACGUCCAUCUUUGAGCACGUCGCUCAGCAUCAGUUUGGAAUGGAUCUACUCUUGGGUGAUGUGCAGAUUUCCUGCUACCACAUACUGUGCAGCCUCUACUCCCUUGGGACAGGAAAGAACAUUUAUGUUGAAAGGCAACGCCCUGCCCUUGGAGAAUGUGUGGCCUCGCUGGCAGCUGCCAUACCAGUGGCAUUCCUGGAGCCCACCCUCAAUCGCUACAAUCCUCUCUCGGUCUUCAACACCAAAACCCCUAGGGAGAGGUCUAUUCUGGGGAUACCAGACACGGUGGAAGACAUGUGUCCUGACAUCCCCCAGCUGGAAGGCCUGAUGAAGGAAAUCAACGACCUGGCCGAGUCAGGGGCGCGGUACACAGAGAUGCCGCAUGUCAUCGAGGUGAUCUUACCCAUGCUCUGCAACUACCUGUCCUACUGGUGGGAGCGGGGGCCUGAGAACCUGCCCCCCAGCACAGGGCAGUGCUGCACCAAAGUCACCUCUGAACACCUCAGUCUCAUCCUGGGCAACAUUCUGAAAAUCAUCAACAACAACCUGGGCAUCGAUGAGGCCUCCUGGAUGAAGCGCAUCGCAGUGUAUGCACAGCCCAUCAUCAGCAAAGCCAGGCCCGACCUGCUGAGAAGCCACUUCAUCCCAACUCUGGAGAAGCUGAAGAAAAAGGCUGUCAAGACCGUGCAGGAGGAGGAGCAGUUGAGAGCCGAUGGCAAAGGGGACACCCAGGAGGCGGAGCUCCUCAUCCUGGACGAAUUCGCGGUCCUCUGCCGAGAUCUCUAUGCCUUCUACCCCAUGCUGAUCCGCUACGUGGACAACAACAGAUCUAACUGGCUGAAAAGCCCUGAUGCUGAUUCUGACCAGCUCUUCCGCAUGGUGGCAGAAGUCUUCAUCCUGUGGUGUAAAUCUCACAACUUCAAGAGGGAAGAGCAAAAUUUUGUGAUUCAGAAUGAAAUUAAUAAUUUGGCAUUUUUAACUGGAGACAGCAAAAGCAAGAUGUCAAAAGCCAUGCAAGUAAAGUCUGGAGGACAAGACCAGGAGCGGAAGAAGACAAAGCGGCGGGGAGACUUGUAUUCCAUCCAGACCUCCCUCAUCGUGGCUGCACUCAAGAAAAUGCUGCCCAUUGGUUUGAAUAUGUGUACUCCAGGCGACCAGGAGCUGAUCUCCCUCGCAAAAUCGCGAUACGGCCAUAGGGACACAGAUGAAGAGGUCAGAGAACAUCUGCGGAACAACUUGCACUUGCAGGAAAAGUCUGAUGACCCAGCUGUAAAAUGGCAGCUGAACCUCUACAAGGAUGUUCUGAAGAGUGAAGAACCUUUCAAUCCGGAAAAGACAGUGGAGCGUGUACAGAGAAUUUCAGCAGCUGUCUUCCACCUGGAACAGGUGGAACAGCCUUUGAGGUCCAAGAAGGCCGUCUGGCACAAACUGCUAUCAAAGCAACGGAAACGGGCAGUGGUGGCCUGCUUCAGGAUGGCCCCUCUCUACAACCUGCCCAGGCACCGCUCUAUUAACCUCUUCCUCCAUGGCUAUCAGAGAUUUUGGAUAGAAACAGAGGAGUAUUCCUUUGAAGAGAAACUAGUACAGGAUUUGGCUAAAUCUCCAAAGGUGGAAGAGGAGGAGGAGGAAGAGUCCGAAAAACAACCUGACCCACUGCAUCAGAUCAUUCUGUAUUUUAGCCGCAACGCUCUCACGGAGAGGAGCAAAUUGGAAGACGACCCUUUGUACACCUCCUAUUCCAGCAUGAUGGCUAAGAGUUGUCAAAGUGGUGAGGACGAAGAAGAAGAUGAAGACAAGGAAAAAACAUUUGAAGAGAAGGAGAUGGAGAAGCAGAAAACCCUGUAUCAGCAAGCUCGGCUGCAUGAGCGUGGUGCCGCGGAGAUGGUCCUUCAGAUGAUAAGCGCUAGCAAAGGUGACAUGAGCCCCAUGGUGGUUGAGACUCUGAAGCUGGGGAUCGCCAUUCUGAACGGAGGCAAUGCUGGUGUGCAACAGAAAAUGCUAGAUUACCUAAAGGAGAAAAAGGAUGCUGGAUUCUUUCAAAGCCUUUCUGGUCUUAUGCAGUCUUGCAGUGUCCUUGAUUUGAAUGCAUUUGAGAGGCAGAAUAAAGCUGAAGGCCUGGGGAUGGUGACUGAAGAAGGAACACUCAUUGUUCGUGAACGUGGUGAAAAAGUACUCCAGAAUGACGAGUUCACGCGUGAUCUCUUUAGAUUCCUACAGUUACUUUGUGAGGGACAUAACAGUGACUUUCAGAACUUCCUGCGGACUCAGAUGGGUAACACCACCACCGUGAAUGUCAUCAUCAGCACUGUGGACUACCUUCUGCGUCUGCAGGAAUCAAUCAGUGAUUUCUACUGGUAUUAUUCAGGGAAGGACAUCAUUGAUGAAUCCGGACAGCACAAUUUCUCCAAAGCUCUGGCAGUCACCAAGCAGAUUUUCAAUUCUCUUACAGAAUACAUCCAGGGCCCUUGCAUUGGUAAUCAGCAGAGCCUGGCUCACAGCAGGCUGUGGGACGCUGUGGUUGGCUUCCUCCAUGUCUUUGCUAAUAUGCAGAUGAAACUGUCUCAGGAUUCCAGUCAGAUCGAGCUGCUGAAGGAACUCUUGGAUCUCCUUCAGGACAUGGUGGUGAUGCUUCUGUCCCUCCUGGAAGGGAAUGUGGUAAAUGGCACCAUUGGCAAGCAGAUGGUUGACACACUGGUAGAAUCAUCUACCAAUGUAGAAAUGAUCUUGAAAUUCUUUGACAUGUUCUUGAAACUUAAAGACUUAACCAGCUCAGACACCUUCAAAGAAUACGACCCAGAUGGUAAAGGAAUUAUCUCCAAAAGAGAAUUCCAGAAGGCCAUGGAAGGGCAAAAACAGUACACGCAGUCAGAGAUUGACUUUCUCCUUUCGUGUGCAGAAGCUGAUGAGAAUGACAUGUUUAAUUACAUUGAUUUUGUAGACCGGUUCCAUGAGCCGGCCAAGGACAUAGGGUUUAAUGUGGCUGUGUUAUUGACAAAUCUUUCUGAACACAUGCCAAACGAUUCCCGGCUGAAGUGUCUGUUGGACCCAGCAGAAAGUGUGCUAAAUUACUUCGAACCCUACCUAGGACGCAUCGAGAUCAUGGGUGGGGCCAAGAAAAUUGAGCGUGUUUAUUUUGAAAUCAGUGAGUCCAGUCGCACUCAGUGGGAGAAGCCCCAGGUGAAGGAAUCUAAGCGACAGUUCAUUUUUGAUGUUGUCAACGAAGGUGGGGAGCAGGAAAAGAUGGAGCUGUUUGUGAACUUCUGUGAGGACACCAUCUUUGAAAUGCAGUUAGCAUCUCAGAUCUCUGAAUCCGAUUCAGCGGACAGGCCAGAAGAGGAGGAAGAAGAUGAAGAUUCUUCUUACGUGUUAGAAAUUGCGGGUGAAGAGGAGGAAGACGGGUCUUUCGAGCCGGCCUCUGCAUUUGCAAUGGCCUGUGCCUCUGUGAAGAGGAACGUCGCCGACUUUCUGAAGAGGGCAACCCUGAAGAACUUCAGGAAGCAGUACAGGAACGUGAAAAAGAUGACUGCGAAGGAGCUGGUGAAGGUGCUCUGCUCCUUUUUCUGGAUGCUGUUCCUGGGGCUGUUCCAGAUGCUCUUCACCAUCCUGGGAGGAAUCUUUCAGAUCCUCUGGAGCACAGUGUUCGGAGGGGGCCUGGUAGAAGGGGCAAAGAACAUCAGAGUGACCAAGAUCCUGGGUGACAUGCCUGACCCAACCCAAUUUGGUAUCCAUGAUGACACUAUGGAGGCUGAGAGGGCAGAGGUGAUGGAGCCAGGUAUCACCACUGAACUAGUACACUUCAUAAAGGGGGAGAAGGGAGAUACAGAUAUCAUGUCAGACCUCUUUGGACUCCACCCAAAGAAAGAGGGCAGCUUAAAGCAUGGGCCUGAAGUGGGUUUGGGUGACCUCUCAGAAAUUAUUGGCAAGGAUGAACCCCCUACGUUAGAGAGUACUGUACAGAAGAAGAGGAAAGCUCAGGCAGCAGAGAUGAAAGCAGCAAAUGAAGCAGAAGGAAAAGUAGAAUCCGAGAAGGCAGACAUGGAAGAUGGAGAGAAGGAAGACAAAGCCAAAGAAGAGGAGCAAGCCGAGUACCUGUGGACAGAAGUGACAAAAAAGAAGAAGCGGCGGUGUGGUCAGAAGGCUGAGAAGCCGGAAGCUUUCACAGCCAAUUUCUUUAAAGGGCUGGACAUCUAUCAGACCAAGUUACUGCAUUACCUGGCCAGGAAUUUCUACAACCUGAGGUUCCUUGCUCUGUUUGUAGCCUUCGCUAUCAACUUCAUCCUGCUUUUUUAUAAGGUCACUGAAGAACCUUUAGAAGAAGAGACAGAGGAUGUUGCAAACCUAUGGAAUUCAUUUAAUGACGAGGAAGAGGAAGAAGCGAUGGUGUUCUUUGUCCUUCAGGAGAGCACUGGGUAUAUGGCACCAACGCUGCGGGCCCUGGCCAUCAUCCACACCAUCAUCUCUCUAGUCUGUGUGGUGGGCUACUACUGCCUGAAGGUGCCUUUGGUGGUAUUCAAAAGGGAAAAAGAAAUCGCCAGGAAGCUGGAGUUUGAUGGCCUAUAUAUCACCGAACAGCCAUCUGAAGAUGACAUCAAGGGGCAAUGGGACCGCUUGGUGAUCAACACACCAUCUUUUCCUAAUAACUACUGGGACAAGUUUGUAAAGAGAAAGGUGAUCAACAAGUAUGGCGAUCUCUACGGAGCAGAGCGCAUUGCUGAACUUCUGGGUUUGGACAAAAAUGCUCUUGACUUCAGCCCAGUAGAAGAGACCAAAGCAGAGGCGGCUUCUCUGGUGUCAUGGCUAAGUUCCAUAGACAUGAAGUACCAUAUCUGGAAGCUUGGAGUUGUGUUUACUGACAACUCCUUUCUCUACCUUGCCUGGUAUACAACCAUGUCAGUCCUGGGCCACUACAAUAACUUCUUCUUUGCUGCUCACCUGCUGGAUAUCGCAAUGGGCUUCAAGACACUGAGGACCAUUCUGUCAUCUGUAACUCACAAUGGCAAACAGUUGGUUCUGACGGUCGGUCUCCUGGCCGUGGUGGUGUAUCUCUAUACUGUGGUGGCUUUCAACUUCUUCCGCAAGUUCUACAACAAAAGCGAAGACGAUGACGAGCCUGAUAUGAAGUGUGACGACAUGAUGACGUGUUACCUUUUCCACAUGUACGUGGGAGUGAGAGCAGGAGGUGGCAUUGGUGACGAGAUUGAAGACCCUGCUGGUGAUCCUUAUGAAAUGUAUCGCAUUGUCUUUGACAUUACCUUUUUCUUCUUUGUCAUUGUCAUCUUGCUGGCCAUCAUUCAAGGUCUUAUUAUUGAUGCUUUCGGAGAGCUAAGAGACCAGCAGGAACAAGUGCGAGAAGAUAUGGAGACCAAAUGUUUCAUCUGUGGGAUUGGCAAUGACUACUUUGACACGACCCCUCAUGGUUUUGAAACACAUACAUUACAAGAGCACAACUUAGCCAACUACUUGUUCUUCCUGAUGUAUUUGAUUAAUAAAGAUGAAACAGAGCACACGGGUCAGGAAUCUUAUGUCUGGAAGAUGUACCAAGAAAGGUGCUGGGAUUUCUUCCCAGCCGGUGACUGCUUUCGUAAACAGUAUGAAGAUCAGCUUGGAUAAAUCUGAAUGAAGGAAGCACCACAAUUCUGGACAGUCAACUUCCCAUGAAAUAAAGUCCUCCUUUUACAGUUCUGCAACAUAUCUGAAAUGUGACAUUUUCUAAAUGCCUCCCUUAAAAAAGCUGUUUGCUAAAAAUCUGUGCUAUUUUGAAACUGAUUUGGCUUUUUGUGCCUAAUGGACAUAUACUGUGGGAGAGAACCUGUCAAAAUGUUUAAGAAAUGUUAAGGAUGGUGAAGAAUCAAGUCAUCUCUAGGCAAAUGCCUUCAAGUUUUUGUUUGUUGGGAUGGCAGCAUUAGGGAAAGGGCUAGUGAAUUAUGAAGUCUCGAAUGUGUGUAAUACCUGAAAUUUUAAACACUUGAAUGUCACCAUGGUAUCCAACUUGUGACUCAUAGGGUCUGAACUACAAAAGAUAAUGUUAACUGCAGUCUAAUUAAUUUUUUCCCAUGGUACUUGCUAGUGACUGUAUCCAGAAAAGCUUUAAGCAGUUAAAGAAAUAGGAAAAAAACCCGACACUUUGUCGACACUGAAAUAUCGAUUAAGUGCCUUAAAACCUCUUUAGAUAUAGCUAUGCAAGUUUUUUAUGUUUGUGUUCCAGAAGGACAGUUCCAUUCAUUAGUUGUGAUCUUCUGUCUUACUUUAUGAAACUGCACUUGAAGGCUAUUCAUACAAGUUUUUUUAGUAACAGCGGUCAACUGCUGUUAUUAGAAGAAAAGUACUGUACUGAAACUUCAGAAAAAAUCUCAACCUUAUGCCAAAAUGGAGUAAUGCUUUAUGGUCCUUGUAAGUAGUGGAGCUGCUAUGUUGAGGUGAAUCUCCUCAAAUACAAUGAAGUGCCCACUGCAAUAAAGUAAUACAUACCAA